AUGUCGCUUUCCAACGAUUUGCAGGUUGCGGUCGAAGUAAUCUGUGGACAAGAGCUAAAGGUAAUAUAUCCGGGCCAGAUCAUCCAGGUUGCAGAAGAUGGUGUCGGUGUCAGAGUGCGACUUCGGGAGCAGCGUGACAUCUCACAUUGGCUCUCCGCAUCCGAUCUGGAUGCCAGCUGGAUGGAGUUCCGAUUGAGAGCCAGCACGUGGAUUGUCAAGGAACAGCAGGCUGUGAUUGCAGAGUCCUCCCACAAGGCGAAGCAUGAGGCUCAAGUAACGGCCAAAACCGCAACAGACAGGCAAAGAACACUUUCGCGAAAUCUUGCAGUUGCGGUUCUCCUUCUGACAGCUGGGGUAGCCACCAUCCUUUUUCUAGACCAGAUCUGGCUUCCAGUGGUUGCCGCCCUCCUCAUGCUGACGGCAUGCGUUGUCGGCCUGUCAUUUCCCCUGCGGUAUUCGUCCAUGAGCUGCGAUUGCUUCUGUUGGAGUUUCACAUGCGUCGUGCAGAAGACUGCAUUGGUCAGUCUUGUUUGCUCGUAUAUUCUCAGAGGCAGUGAGCACAAAUCAUGCCGGUGCUAUUAUUUUCCGAGAGGCAUGAUUCAAUCUACCGGGCUCCUGGCAUUAGCAGCAUCUGGCGUAAGCUGCAUCCGCUGCCUCUGGGGAUCCUGCAUCGGAUGGUUCACCAUCACUGUGGCAAUCCUUGCGAUUUGUCAGUUGUCCGUUGCUUUGUGGAUUUUCUGGCAAUCUUGGCUUCGCAAUCGCAUUCGGGUGAACGGGCGAUGGCAAUAUCGAGCAUCAUACAUUGGGGAAGUUUCUCAACUGAGAAGGGGCCAGUCCAUCACGUUCAGAGGAAGCGUUUUGCCUGGAAGGGGCAAGAAGUGCGUGUGCUCUUGGCCAGGGAAAUACGAAUCUGCCUGGGACAACCUGGUUUGCGCUGCCACCAACGGCGACGUCAGUGCUGCCGUGGUCUUCCUGCCACAGGGAUGCCAUCUUUUUGGGCUUCACGAUACAAUUCCUGCCUUUGAGCACUUGCAGGGCGAGUGCUGGUGCAUUCCACUCUACGGCGAGAAGAAGGCCUGGGGUUGUAGAUGGUGGACCGAGUGGACGGCCAACAUCGAGAAAGCAGUGAAAUAUGGAGCCCGGCUCCAAGUGUACUAUUUCGAAGGCAUGGUUGGGAGGGGCAAAGUUCAAAGCUUUGCAACGGCCGGGCAGGAGCAUGUGCGUCGGGAGGAGCUCUGGACUCAGAUGAAGGAGUUCGAAAGGUCCCAAGCCUAUCAAGAUGCGAGAGAUGCAGGCCUGGACCUGCUCAGCCACGAUUUGAGGACCGAUGGAUCUUCCCAGUAUAGCAGGGAGAAGGCUCGCCUCUUUCUGGCACAGCUGCCUCAGCCAGAAAGCCGCCAAUUCCUGGAAGAGUCUGAAGGAUUGGGCAACUCCCAGAAGGCGGAGGUCGCCUGGCUUGAAAAGAAGGGUUAUGUCUAUGAAGAAGUGGAUGUAUCGAAAUGGCUGGAGCCUCCUGUGCCUCGGGUUUCUGAAGAGCUGGAGCUCCAGAUGCUGUAG